AUGGAGGCCCUCCGCCAGCUGGAGGAGAACAAAGCGGCUGCCCCUGUGUUGGGCCCUGAACCACGACCUGCAGUCAAGGAGUGGAGCCUAGAGAAUUUUCUGAAGCACCACCCGGCGAAGUUUGACGGGAAGACUAGUCCUGACGCCGCAGACCAAUGGCUGAAGGACCUGGAGUGCAUUUAUGAUGCGAAGAACAGGUUGGCGUUCUUCGUGUACAUGCUCACAGGAGAGGCAGAGCAUUGGUGGAGUAGUACUAGAUCCAUCCUGGAGGAGAGAGAUGAGCCAGUGACAUGGGAGGUUUUCAGGGAGAGAUUCCUCUUAGAGUACUUCCUAGAGAGCAUCCGGUACGCCAAGGAGGUGGAGUUCCUCCAGUUGACCCAGGGAAGGAAGACAGUGAUGGAGUAUGCUGAGAGGUUCAAACACCUCAUCCGUUUCUACACCCUGCCACUCGAUGAGGAGUGGCGAUGCCAUUGUCGAGAGAAGAAGCUACUUUUUCCCGACGUAGUGGAGCCUGAGUUGGUGUCUUCUCAGCGUGUUAUGAAGGAACUACAUGACGACGCGUAG